AUGAGCUUGAAAGAAGUAUUCGAACAACAUCCAUGGAGGUCAUUUAAGAAAUUCAAUGAAGCUGCAAAGAGUUGGGGAUUUACUAACAGAGCUGAAGUGAAAAGGUUCUUUGACAAAAAUGUUGUACAUCAAACAAAAAUAAACCCUUACGACUACUUUUUACCAAUUUACUCCAACACUCCUGACGCAUACCAAUUUGACACUCUCAUUCAAAGCAGAAAAGGAGGACAUAAACCAUUCCUCAUCUUCAUAAAUGUUAACACUCGUAAAGCAUAUGCAUAUCCAAUGAAAAAUAAAGGAACUCGUGAAGUGUUAAGAGUUUUACAAAAGUUUGUAGCAGAACAUAACCCAAGUACUUUAACAUCAGACCAAGACAGUGCAUACCUCAGCAAUGAAAUCACAGAAUUUCUCAUUAAGCAUAACAUAACUCACUACACUACUGAAGACCAUAACCAUAACAUACUCGGCAUCAUAAACCGCUUCAUAAGAACGCUCAGAGAUUUAAAUCAAGAGCGAGACUUUACCGAAGAAACAAUGAAACAUUUUCUCGAAGUAUAUAAUUCCUCAACACAUUCUACAACAGGACAUACACCAAAUUCAAUGA